AUGGCGAGCUUCUUCACAAAAAGCGUUGUCGCCUCUCUGCUCUUGGCUGCCGGUACAAGCCAGGCUACUGCUGGUACUGUGCUAGCACCGGGUUAUGACAUCGUUUUCCCAUCGAGCAAGACUUCACGGAAUCCCCUGCCGUACUCGGUGGCCAACUCUCCGUACUUCCCUGGACCCAAUGUCAACGGCGUGAAGAACGAGGUGCCUGACCGGUGCACUGUGCAACAGGCAGCUUACGUGGUGAGACAUGGAAGCCGCUUCCCAGAUACUGGCUCUUACAACUCCUGGGUUGCACUCAAGGAUAAGGUAUCGACUCACGUCCCCGUAUAUGAGACGGCGGCGAUCCAAAUUGCUGUGAACGGCUCGGACUUUGAGGCCUGCGAUACCUUGUCCUUUAUUAAGGACUGGACCCCGGUCCUGACUAACUCGAGCCUGCAAAUUGCGCAGGAGUCGAUGACUGGAUGGAAGGAGGCCUCUGACUUGGGAUAUCAGCUCCGUGCCCGCUACCCCGGUUUCUACGAGGAUGGCAAUCCAUUCUACGUGUGGGCUAACCAGUAUGCAAACCCUAUCAACAAGUCUCGAGUAGUUCAGACUGCCCAGGCCUUCUUGCACGGCUACCUCUACGAGUUUGUCGACACUUAUGGCACGGUCGUGAGUGUGAACUCGACAGGGUCGGUGAAUGCCAUUGGCAACUCACUUGGGCCAUCGGACUCGUGUCCUAAGUUUGGAACUACUUCCAGCGGCGGUAACAAUGUGACUGACUUCGACGCUACCUGGACCCCCAAGGCCCUGAAACGCAUCAACAAGCUUGUGCGAGGCAACCUCACCUUUACUGAGUCAGACAUUCUGUUCUUCCCCUACCUGUGCGGGUAUGAGACUCAGAUCACUGGCCGCCUCAGCGACUGGUGCAGUGUGUUCACCGAGGACGAGCUGCGCCACUACGCCUACUCUCAAGACUUGCAUUACUACUACAAGAUCGCUGAGAUGACCUCCGCCAUGGGAAUCUUUGACAACGAGAAGCCCCUGCCUCUCGACCGCGUCCCCGAGAAUCGUCUGUACAACGUCGCUCACUUUAUUACCAUGCGUGGCACGGUGGCUUUUGAGACGAUGAAUUGCCAGGUGGGCUCUGGACGACGAUCCGGCAAUGAGACCUACGUGCGCAUUCUCUUGAACGACGCCGUCUACCCUGUCGCCAAUUGCCAGAGGGGCCCUGGCAAGAGUUGUCUAUUAUCUGAUUACUUGGCACUGAUCAAGAAGAAGAGCCAGGCCGCUGGUAACUGGAACACUUACUGCAACGUCACCCAGCCCGGGCAUCCUGAGAAAGUUGGCGGGGCCAGCUUCUUCAAGGAUUUGUCUCUUGACUUUUUGACGUUGGUCAAGCCUUGA